ACAACCAUGGGCAGGCGACCUCAUGUGCUUGUUGUACCAUUCCCAGCACAAGGACAUGUUGCCCCUCUUAUGAAGUUGGCCCACAAAGUCUCUGAUCAUGGAAUCAAGGUAACGUUUGUUAACACAGAGUUCAUACAUGCAAAAAUUAUGGCUUCAAUGCCAGACAAGGAUGGAAAGCAGAGCCGAAUUGAGCUAGUCUCAGUCCCUGAUGGAUUGAAUCCAGGAGCAAACCGAAAUGAUGCAGUUUUGCUGACAGAAAGUAUUUUAACGGUCAUGCCUGGCCAUGUUAAGGACUUGAUUGAGAAGAUUAACCGAACAAAUGAUGAUGAGAAGAUCACAUGUGUCAUUGCUGAUACAACAGUUGGGUGGGCACUUGAGGUUGCUGAGAAGAUGGGAAUCAAGAGAGCUGCAGUUUGGCCUGGUGGACCAGGAGACUUGGCUUUGGCACUUCAUAUUCCAAAGCUUAUUGAGGCCAGAAUCAUAGAUACUGAUGGAGCUCCUAUGAAAAAUGAGUUGAUCCAUCUGGCUGAGGAUAGCCCUGCUUUUAGCAUCACUGGUCUUUCAUGGAACUUAUCAGAUGACCCGAAGAUCCGACAUGUUGUAUUUGGAUAUGCUUUCAGAGUCAGCCAAACUGUCAAACUUUCAAACUGGCUUCUUUGCAACUCAUUUUAUGAACUUCACUCAUCAGCCUGUAACUUGAUUUCUGACAUACUACCCAUUGGCCCUUUACUUGCAAGUAAUCAUCCUGCUCAUUCUGCUGGAAACUUUUGGGCUGAGGAUUCAACUUGCCUAAGGUGGCUUGAUAAACAACCUGCUGGCUCAGUCAUUUAUGUUGCCUUUGGCAGCUUAGCAAUCUUAAGCCAGCACCAAUUCAAUGAACUAGCACUUGGCAUUGAACUUGUAGGCCGGCCAUUUCUAUGGGUGGUCCGAUCAGACUUUACUAAUGGAUCAGCUGUUGAAUACCCAGAUGGGUUCAUGCAGAGAGUUUCUGAGUAUGGAAAGAUUGUGGAAUGGGCAGACCAAGAAAAGGUGUUAGCUCACCUUUCUGUUGCAUGUUUCUUAUCACAUUGUGGAUGGAACUCGACCAUGGAAGGUGUAAGCAUGGGAGUUCCUUUUUUAUGCUGGCCCCAGUUUGCAGAUCAAUUCUGCAACCGGAAUUUCAUAUGCGAUAUCUGGAAGGUUGGUUUGGGAUUAGACCCAGAUGGAAAUGGAAUCAUAUCAAGGCACGAAAUUAAGAUCAAGAUUGAAAAAUUGCUUUCUGAUGAUGGUAUAAAAGCAAAUGCACUGAAGCUGAAGGAAAUGGCUAGAGAAAGUGUGAGUGAAGAUGGAUCCUCCUCCAAGAAUUUCAAAGCCUUUAUUGAAGCAGUGAAACAUUGAUGAUGUUCCUCCAUGUAACUAGGUCCAUAUCUGUUAAACCAUUCUGUGAAUGAAAUCCACUAUGAAAGGUUGACAGGAGAACAUAAUGAUAGAGAAAUAAGAAAUGAUCUAUGCUUGGUAGUGAUAAUCUUGGACUUACAAUUUUCCCAUAAAAGCUGUUUGGUUGAGCUCUUGAGUUCAAUUUCUUGUUGU